AUGAAUGCCGUUCUGUUAGGGUUUACGUGUAUUCUACUCCCGCUUCUGGGAUCGACUCAAUUUCUGGACAUGGCCUGUGGGAUUCGAGCUCCCAAUCCCCCAGCUUUGCGGGCCAAGAAUGCAACUAUCGCCAGCUUAACUUCGAGUCCCUGGAUGGCUUUUCUCCACUCCACUGACGACAGAUUCAUUUGUGGCGGAUCGUUGAUCACAAACCGACUUGUGCUAACCGCCGCGCAUUGCUUCCUUGAGCGAACACAGUUAAUUGCUCGACUGGGAGAGUAUGAUAGAGAUGUAACUGAGAUGUGCCACGAUAGUUACUGCACCUAUCGACUCGAAGCGUUUGUGGAGAGAGGCUUCAAGCACCGACUAUAUAGGAAAGCGACGAUGGCACACGACAUAGCCAUUCUCCGUCUGUACAAAAAAGUGCAGUACACAGACAGCAUCCGGCCCAUCUGCAUUGUAACAGACACGCGGUGGAGGCACUACAUCGACUCCUUGAACCCACUGACUGGCACUGGGUGGGGCAGGACGGAGUUUGAGCCGGACAGCGGCAAACUGAGGAGCGUCGACUUGGCUCGCAAAGGUCCGGAGGUUUGCCAGAGGUACGCCCAACUGACCCUGACGAGCAACCAGUUCUGCGCCGGGAACGAGUACAGCAAUCUGUGCAACGGCGACUCCGGCGGUCCGCUGGGCACCCUGAUCCCGUUCGGAAAGACGAAACGCUUCAUCCAAGUGGGAAUCGCUAGCUUCACGAACCCGCAAUGCCUGAUGGUAAGCGCUUUCACGGAUGUGCUGAGCUAUAUCGACUGGAUCCGCACUGUGCACAACUACCGCUCAUAA